AUGGGUGCCCCGACCGACGAAGCCACCAAGCUCAAGGACCAGGGCAACAAUGCCUUCAGGAACCAGGAAUGGGACAAUGCCCUUGAGUUCUACACCAAAGCGAUAGAGGCAUACAACGCAGAGCCCUCGUUCUACACCAACCGCGCACAAACAUACAUCAAACUCGAACAGUAUGGAUACGCUAUACAAGACGCCGACACGGCGAUUGAAUUGGACCCAAACAACGUCAAGGCAUACUACCGCCGCGCCUCAGCGAACACCGCCAUCCUCAAGCACCGUGAAGCGCUCCGCGACUGGAAGCUCGUCGUCAAGAAAGCCCCUAACGAUGCCAACGCAAAGCUACGCAUGGCCGAGUGCGACAAGGUCGUCAAGCGAGACGCCUUCCUCAAGGCCAUCGAGGUCGAAGAUGCGCCGUCGGCAGCAGAGGGCCUAGACUUGGAACACAUGGCCGUAGACCCCUCAUACAAUGGCGCAAAGCUGGGAGACAAGAUGACACUGGAGUUUGUCGAAGACAUGAUUGAGCGAUUCAAGAACGGAAAGAAGCUGGCCAAGAAGUACGUCUACCAGAUCAUCAUCGCAGUCAUGGAUAUUGUCAAGAAGGAGCCCACCAUGGUCGAGCACGAUGUUGCAGAUGGGAAAGAGAUCACUGUCUGUGGUGAUACUCACGGCCAAUUCUUCGAUCUCAUGAACAUCUUCAGCCUCGCCGGCAAGCCCUCCGAAAAGAACGCGUUCCUCUUCAACGGCGAUUUCGUCGACCGAGGCUCUUGGUCCACCGAGAUCGCCCUGCUGCUUUACGCCUACAAAUGGCUAUACCCCGAUAGCUUUUUCCUGAACCGCGGAAACCACGAGACGGACGACAUGAACAGGAUGUACGGUUUCGAGGGUGAAUGCAGGGCGAAAUACACCGAGCGGGUCUUUAAGCUGUUCUCGGAGUCCUUCUCCGCGCUUCCUCUCGCCACCCUCAUCGGCAAGAAGUACUUUGUGCUCCACGGCGGCCUCUUCUCAGACGACAAGGUCACGUUAGACGACGUGCGAAAGCUCGACCGAUUCAAGCAGCGUCAACCAGGACAGUCUGGGCUCAUGAUGGAGAUGCUUUGGACCGACCCGCAGACAAACCCAGGCCGUGGACCUAGCAAGCGCGGUGUCGGUCUGCAAUUCGGACCCGACAUCACCAAGCGCUUCUGCGAGAACAACGGCCUCGAGGCUAUCAUUCGGUCGCACGAAGUACGCAUGGAGGGUUACGAAGUCGAGCACGAUGGACGCUGCAUCACCGUCUUCUCGGCACCCAACUACUGUGACAGCACCCACAACAAGGGCGCUUUCAUCAAGAUCGGCCCAGAGUACAAGCUCAAGUUCACCCAGUUCGACGCUGUUGCGCAUCCGAACAUCAAGCCAAUGGCCUACGCGUCAAGUGGCAUGGCCGGCAUGAUCUAA